UUAAUUUUUUGUCUCCCAAUCAUAGGCCUUCCACAUAGAGUUGCAGCAUUAUUUGUUGAGCUAUAGUUUUAGUGGGGACUGGAAUAAAAACUAAUAAAAGAUGUGUGCACAUCCUGCUUGAGCAUUGCAUCCGAACGAGUGAGUGAAAAGGCUGCUCCAGGCUGAUGUUCAAUGAUGCUGAGACGGAUCAUCGUGCCAGUGAGGUUGUUGUGGUUUGGAUCGGAUCGGCCUGGGUUCUGCUUGGGAACGUCUUCAUUGAUAAUCUCGAUUCUGCUGAUCUAUGCGUUGGGGAUCCAGGCAAAUCUUAGUUUAGGUCCAGGAGGAGAAUUUCCCAGGUUUAGAGAUGUGUUUCUCUAUGCUCUUAGUCACGAGGAUGUGGCCUCGCUGCUGGUCAGUGUGGUACUCUUGCUGCUGUUUGGACCGAGCCAGGAGCAUCGAUGGGGAACGGUCGCCUUGCUGGCCCUCUCCUUCCUCACUAUGUUCCUUUUACCUCUACUUUAUGUUCUGGUCCUCUUUGUGGGUGGAGGAGAAGCGAGUCGGAUCUGUGGGUAUUCUGCCAUCCAGCUCGCCCUGUUUACAGCUCAAUGCCGCCAGACAACACAAAGGAGGCUGCUAAGGUGUUUACCAGUCUGGAUGCUACCAUGGCUUCUUCUGCUGCUUGGCCUUCUGCUGCUGCCGGGCACUCCUGCUCUGCUUCACUUCUGUGCGAUAUGCAUCGGACACAACUAUCGCCAGCAUUUCAUUGGGACACUGCAGGAACUGGAGGAUGCCAGGAUUCUUGACGUUCUUCCUGUUCGUGCAUACAUUCCCACUUCAACCCGAUUGAGAUUGCCAAUUUAUGCAACUUCUCAAAGAUCACCUCCCCAGUUGGUGCCCCAAGAUCAGGUGUCUCCUCCUCUGGAGAGGUAUCCUGCAGCUUUCCACCAGCAGUCCUGGAUGGAAAUGUCUGAAGCAGAGGUGCUAGAGGAAGAAAUGCUGAGGGCAGGGAUACUGGCCUCAUUGAAGGAUGCUCCUGAAGGCGAUCCUGAUUCAAAGAUUGAAGUGCCCAAAUCAUCAGUCUCAUCUCUGCGACUUCAGCAGCUGGAGAAGAUGGGCUUCCCCACAGAGAAAGCUGUAGUGGCCUUAGCAGCUUCAAAACAGCUAGAUGGCGCCAUCACACUACUGAUUGAAGACAGCGUUGGAGAACAAGCUGUGGUAGUUUCAAAGGGAAAAAAGCCCUCUACCAUCACCUAGAUGACCUCACACUCCUGGAUGCAGUCUGUAAUAGUAUUUGCACUUGUACAAUAAACUGGACACACUUCA